CUAAAGUUUGCUCCAUUCUAUAAUCAGGGGGAAAAUUUAACGCCAGCUUCCUCCUUUGGAGCUGCAGCGAGAAACUCACAAACGACUUUGUAACCCACCCUUGACUAGGGUUUUGUGAUCUCCUCAGCAUGUAUAACUAUGACAUAGCUGCAAGCUGGAAUUCAGAUUAUGAUUCCACCUGGGAAGAUGAGAAACCGGAGCCCCCUAAAAAGAAGAAGCAGAAACAACAGCAUCAGUGGAAUUUUGGGAACAGAGCAGCGAGGGACAUGCAAAACUACAGACAUGGAUAUGGAAAACCAAACCUGGAGACUGCUAAUGACCAGGAAUAUGAGGACUAUAUGCCGAAUCUGGAAUUCUACCGGAACAACAUUAAAUUUAAGCCUAACGGAAUAAAAAUAGAGGAAUUUCAUCAGGACUGGUGGGAAGAAUAUGAAGAGCUUGAAGAGAACCACUCCUUCAUUCAGUGGCUGUUUCCGCUGCAAGAGCACGGUGUGAACCCAUGCGCCAAACCACUGACCCUGGCAGAAAUUCAGAUGAUGAAGGCAGAUAAAGACGUCAUGAGGAGGUUCCUGGAAUCUUACAAGCUCAUUUUGGGGUUUUACGGCAUUCAACUGCUGGACGAGAAAACUGGAGAAGUGUCCCGGGCAGAGAACUGGGCGCAAAGAUUUUAUAAUUUAAACAACCGCAGCCACAACAACCUGCGGAUCACCCGGAUACUCAAGUGUUUGGGGGAGAUGGGCUACGAACACUUCCAGGCCCCUCUGGUCAGGUUUUUCCUGGAGGAGAUCUUGUGUAACAACAACUUACCCAAAGUGAAAAGUAGCGCACUGGACUACUUUAUGUUCACCGUGAAGGACAAGCAGGAACGUAGAAAGCUGGUGCAGUUUGCCUGGGAGAACUUCAAAUCCCAGGGACCAUUUAUCUGGGGGCCAGUGGAGAGACUCCAAAAACUCACACCUAAGGAAGAGAAUGAUGAGGAAGAUAAGGGAAAUGAAGGAACUGCAAAGGAACCAGAGGAAGCUGAAAACUCAGACCAAGAAUGUGAAGAGGCAGAAGAGGGUGAAGAUGUAGCCUCCAAAGACAAUGGGGGACCAGUGGAGAGUCUCCAAAAUUUCACACCCAAGCAAGGGAGUUACGAGGAAGAGAAGGGAAAUGAAGUAACUGCAAAGGAACCAGAAGUUGAAAACCCAGAUCAAGAACCUAAUGAGGCAGCAGGGGGUGGAGAUGUGACCUCUAAAGAAAAUUCCUCAAACUCUACUGGAUGGCCAAGUCCUCAGCAUAAUGAUCUACACCUGCAUCUCCAGUUCCAGCAAGGGACUGGGACUGGUGAGGGUUUGGAAGAGGUGGGGGAUGAUGGUGGAACCGGUGUGGACCGCCCAGGGAACCAUGAAGAUGGAAAAGUAGUGAUAGAUUUCUGUCCAGGAGAAGCUUCAGAACAUGAAGAUGCAGGGAAUGAGAUGCAGAUAACAGAGGACAUAAGCAAAGGGAGUAAAAAGCCGACAACAGAGGGCAAUGGUUUGGAAAAUAAGCAGACAACAGCGUACACUAGCACAGGAAAUGAGGAGCAGACCACAGAGAACACUAGCAUCAUCGACAAUAAACACACACUAGUAAACUAUAAUCUAGAAAAUGGGAAGCUAAUAACAGAGGGUGCUAGAACAGGACAUGAGGGGCUGACAGAGGGCACUAGUACAGGACACCAGGGUCUGACAACAGAGGGCACUAGUAUAGGACACCAGGGGCUGACAACAGAGGGCACUAGUAUAGGACACCAGGGGCUGACAACGGUGGGCACUAGUACAGGACACGAGGGGCUGACAAUGGUGGGCACUAGUACAGGACAUGAGGGGCUGACAGAGGGCACUAGUACAGGACAUGAGGGGCUGACAACAGAGGGCACUAGUACAGGACACGAGGGGCUGACAACAGAGGGCACUAGUACAGGACACCAGGGGCUGACAACAGAGGGCACUAGUACAGGACACCAGGGGCUGACAACAGAGGGCACUAGUACAGGAUAUGAGGGGCUGACAAUGGUGGGCACUAGUACAGGACAUGAGGGGCUGACAGAGGUCACUAGUACAGGACAUGAGGGGCUGACAACAGAGGGCACUAGUACAGGAAACGAGGGGCUGACAACAGAGGGCACUAGUACAGGACACCAGGGCCUGACAAUGGUGGGCACUAGUACAGGACAUGAGGGGCUGACAACAGAGGGCACUAGUACAGGACACGAGGGGCUGACAACAGAGGGCACUAGUACAGGACACGAGGGGCUGACAACAGAGGGCACUAGUACAGGACACCAGGGCCUGACAAUGGUGGGCACUAGUACAGGACAUGAGGGGCUGACAACAGAGGGCACUAGUAUAGGACAACAGGGGCUGACAACGGUGGGCACUAGUACAGGACAUGAGGUGCUGACAACAGAGGGCACUAGUACAGAACACGAGGGGCUGACAACAGAGGGCACUAGUACAGGACACGAGGGGCUGACAACAGAGGGCACUAGUACAGGACAUGAGGGGCUGACAACAGAGGGCACUAGUACAGGACAUGAGGGGCUGACAACAGAGGGCACUAGUACAGGACAUGAUGGACUGACAACAGAGGGCACUAGUACAGGACACCAGGGGCUGACAACAGAGGGCACUGGCUUUGACAAUGUGAACAUUACACUAUGCAGCACUAAUCUAGAAGAAAAGACAUGUCUGACAGAAAUAAAAGAACCAGGGGAUGAAAUCCCCAAAAAUGAGGAGGAGCAAAAAUUAUUGACAGGGUCAGGAGAUAAGGAGAAGGACACAGUCGAGAAUGUCCCUUGGUGGGAGCAACUAUUGUCUCUAUGUGAUUUUUGCUGCUUUACCUGUUUCUGUAUGCGUUGUAUGUAAUUGACACAAAAAAUCUCCAGCUGGCUGCUAUGAUUGUUCACGUUGGAGACAAGUUCUUACAAUCCUGCCCCUUACUGGCCUUUUAUAUGGUGAUGGUGUUUGUAUGACUGCUGGUGGGAGGCGACAACUGCCCUGUACACAGAGCAGCUCUUUAGCUCCCCCUAGUGGUUCACAUUUACAUGACUCAAAAGCACAAUAAACAAGAUAGGGGGUGCACUUCAGCACCAAAUCGUUUAAGUAAAACUAAUUUUACUCCACAUAAGACUGACGUCACGGUUGUGUCAUGGUCACCUUGUUGUUUGCCGUGACACAUUAGCCAUGCAUGCUGGUUGCCUGGGGCAACGUGUUGUUUAUGCAGCAUGUGUGUGCUUUACUACAUUCUCCUGGUUCCUUCUCUGUCUGGUGCGUGUGGGGUUAAGUUCCUGGCUGGGGGUGGUCACGGCAAACAACAACAUGACCAUGACACAGCCUUGACAACUGAACAUCCUAAUUAACUUUUAUAAGAUUUUUUGUAAAUGAUUUCAGAUUUACCUGCUGUUUUGCCGACGUAGGUUUGUUUUACUAAUAAAGUUUUCACAUUUCUU